UGGAUACCGAGUUCACCAGUUUUGCUCAGAGUCAGGACAUCCUUGCUACGCUUACACAUCGACAACCUGGUAUCACCAGGUGAAAGAGAACCAUGGGUUCGUGAGUUCAAGUGUGACAGAGUUUCCUUCGACGCUGUACUUGAAUCUCCCGUCCGCUGCUCAGGAAGCAGCACAGGCUCUCGCUUGUUACCUUCUUUACGAGAAGAGUACGCAGAUUUCGCUCAACUGGGCCCAAUAUCAUUCCCCACUCCGUUGGUUAGUCUACCUUUCAAAGGCAUUCAUACCGUCCCUCAUCUUAGCAGUACGAGCUUAAAUGUUUCAUUUCAGCUCGAGACAUCAAAUGGUAUUGAAUUUCUUUUUGGCAGGUUUUUCAAAGUAUUCCGGCGACUUUCAUGUUCACCUAGCAUUGCGAAUAUGAAGGAAUUCAUGCAAGUGCUGGGCUUACUAGAAUUCGCUGGUAUGGAAGUUGGCAUGACAGAUGAAGUGGCUUCGUCCUAUCGUACCCUUCUGUCACGAUUUUUAUUGAAACUUGGGUCCCUCGGGACGGCGGUAUCUGCUCUUCCAGUUAACGCUUGUUCGCAGAACAUUCCUUUCCAUGCUUCAUUGUUUUCGUGGAUGUCUGCUUGCAAAUUGCUUGCUCGAUUUCGAAAAUAUGAGUCGAUCCCGAGCGAGGAAUGUGUUUUGACAGUCGACAACGCUUUCGUUGUGCUUCUGGAUGGCUUGGCAGUAUUGCGAAAGAACUGCUCAACUUUAUUGGAGCUCUAUAGGACGCAAUCCAAUCAACUACUUCAAAGUAGUUUUCAUAUUGUGCAAUGCUUGACGAAAGGCGAGACUUUUUAUCUUCCUAACCAUCGGAGCGCACUUGGAUCGAUAAAGACACCUCCUGAGAACUUUUUGGUAUUCUUCUCAGAAGCUUCUGAUGAGAUUAUGGCGCGAUUUGUACUAGUUGCUGGAAUGGGAGACCUGCUGUGCGACACAGCCCUUCUACCCACAUGCAAAGUUCUUCUUUCAUUCAUACAGAAGUAUGAUGUGAGAGGUCUAGUGAAAAUACGGAAGUUUGCCUCGAAAUGCGUUACAAAAAUCCUUCAAACAGUCGAUACGCUAGACAUGCCCGAAUUGGAAAAAUUGAGUCGAGGCGAUGCUACUCGAUGGGCCGACUAUGUGACCAAUUCAUUCAAGUACUGCGUUGCAGAAGAACCAGUACUGAUAGUAUUCCUGACGAGACUGCUUUCCGAUGACCAACUGAGCUCCUGUCGUGGCAUUGUGGUCAAUAGGUAUUCAAGUGUUAAGCUGCUUGUCAGUGGAUGUGUACUUUCUUCGAUGCUUUCAAUGCUUCUAGCGCUCACUGCAGGAAUCGAGGAUUGGCAAGAGUUACCUGUGAAAAUCUGCGAAUGGAUUUCGGGAGCCAUCGCACGUGCCAGUGAUACCCAGUGUGUUGUGUUUUUCAAUGCUCUUGAUGUGCUCGCUUUGAUUACGAACGAGAAGGAUCAUGGAAAGAAAGCAAACAUAGCUAGCACGGUGUUCAAUUGCAUGAACUCUCUACCAUUGCCUGAAAGAAGCAAAGUGUUUGGCACGAAGUACCUUUCUCUGGUGAAAUCAUAUCCCAAGCAGUACACUUCUGUUGAUGUGAAUCGUUUCGUUACGGCGGUCUCAACUGCGGAGUUGCUUGAAUUUCUUUAUUCGCUCAUUGAUACCUCUGUCGAGAUCCCUGGCUCUAUCUGGGAUAAGGCAGCAAGCCUUCUUGUUUCAAAGCCUGGUGAUGGGAAACUGCGAGAGUUUGUUGUAAAUCAGCUAUCCAUUGGAUUGGAGAACAGAUCAUCACAUUCUGUGACGCGAUUCAAAUCGUCCUUAGAGAAGAUGAAUUCUGUGAACCCUGAUGCGGAAUUUCUCUUUGCAUUCUGUAAUGGUGUGCUUUCGCGGCUCCCCAGUCAAUUUUCACAUCUAGUCAGUCAAAUGGUCCCGCUCUGGAUCUACGCUAUUCUCGCGCAUUCAACGAAAAGAGAGAUGGACACGAAAAGGUUUACGUCGUUGAUUUGGGAUCACAUAAUGCGAAUCUUGAAUAACAUUGUACCAUGUGCGACCAUGGAGUUAUCAUUAGGAAACCCGGAAGCGUUCAUCACAACAUUUUUCACGGCGCUCGGCAGUAGUACCGCAUCAGGCGACGUCAUACGGAAGAUAGUUGCAGAUUCGGUGACGAUUCACCUGGCAAAUCAAAUAGCUGCUCUGCUGAAAAAUGACGAUAAGGAGCUACAGGCACACUACAACCAGCUGGCUAAGGAAUCUGAUCAACGGUUACGAAAAUUUGUCACGAGUCCUGAGCAA